AUGCACUAUAUUCAAAUGAUGGAAAAAAAUAUGGUUAAUGGAAGGAUUUGUCUAUAAAUUAUUGGGAGUACGUUUAUAUUUAUUUAUUAUUCAUUAAAAGUCGAACCUAAAUUUACGAAGUUGGAGAAUACUUAAAUAACUGAAAAAAGGAAUUUGGAAAUACAUUUACAAAGACAGAGGUAUUUAUACUUAUAAACUUUAAUAUUUAGUUGUGGUGGUUCAUAGAAUGGGUAAUGGACUGAUUUGGAUGAAGGGUUUAAGGACUAUUUAAUAGUAUAAGGUUUCUAUUUUAAUUAGAUAAAAUUAAGUUACUUUUGA